GGCUGAGUUUGGAUUUAGCUUAUCAGUGCGACCUUGACCCUCAACUCUGGCAUGGGAUAAAAACAAAACAAAUAAGAAAGACAGGUUAAAUCAUUGCAGAUGAAUACAGAAUAUAACCAGUAUUUUCAAGGACAGGGGAUUCAAGAUUAGAUGAAAUCUACAGUCCAUCUUCAUUGUUUUAGUUCAACCAAUAAAACAGAUAUUUAAAACACUUUGAAAUCUGUGUACUAGAUGUUUGAGAAAAUUGAUGAAAAAGAUUGCAAUUUAUGCAGAGGAUCAAUGUGUUAAAGGAAUUUAAGCAUAAGUUUGUGAGUUUUGCGUCACCUGCAUGAGAUCUAACAGUAGAAAAGUGAUAGCCUAAGGUUUUUAAGGUCUGUGAUAGCACUUGAAGAACAAUGGUUUUGGCCGACACAAGUAAGGGGGAUAUAGGAUGGAAAAAGUGGCUCGUAGCUGGCUGGGCGUUCAUGGAAUGUCUGUUCUUCGCAGGACUUCUCUAUGGAUGGGCCUCUGUAAAUUUUGUUCUGAAGUCUGAAGGAAUAUAUGCUGACCUGUGUGAAGAUACUUCAAAUGAUACUGUUUUUAAAUAUGCGAGUAUAAAAAAUAACGACUCUGCAUCUGUGAAUGUAGUUUUGUUAAAUACAACAACAUUGUCAGAAAAACCAGUGUCUCCUACUCAGCCAAGCCCUGUUACAAAUGUGACAGUGGACACAGAACCAACAGCCAUACAGAAGAAAGAAGCGUGCAAGGCCCAGGACGGCAAAAUGGCACUGUGUUUUACGAUCGGCUCAGCACUAUUCUGUGUUGGCUGUGCCAUAUUGGGUCAUGUCAAUUACAAGUUUGGGACCAGAGUUACACGAUUAAUUUCAUUUACAAUGUUUAUAUCGGGCACUCUGAUGAUGGCAUUUAUCAGCAAAGAGAAUCCAUGGUUAAUGUUUCCUGGUCUGUCUCUCAUGGGAAUAGGUGGCCUACCUAUCUUAGUUACAAAUGCUCAGGUGUCAAAUUUAUUCUUGGUAGGCAGUUCAUCAGUGGUAGGAUUGCUGUGCGGAGGGUUUGAUAUGUCGUCUGCUGUAAUGCUUAUGGUCAAGAUUGCCUAUGAGCAUGGCUUCAGCAGACGGAACAUGUUUAUUAUCAUUACAGUAAUGCACUCACUGUUUCUGGUCAGCACGUUUUUCUUCCUCCCAAAAGAUUUCAUACCGAAACCCGAGGUGAAGAAAGGGCCAGAGUCAGAAUUACCUGAUGGUGGAGAGGCAGGGAUCGAACUUCUGAAGAAAAAUACUCAAUCAGGGGAAGAUACAGAUGUCAAACCAGAAUUACCAAGUUUAGUGAGUUGCUUGAAGCAGCCAAAGUUUAUCACUCACAACAUCUGGUUAUGUUUACUUCAGCUGAGAUUUUACUAUCUUCUCGGAACACUUAAUCAAUAUUUAAACAGACUUUUAGAUGAAAAUGAGGAUCAAGUAAGCCAUUUCACAGAUGUAUGUUUCUAUACAAUGAUGGGCGGAUUACUUACCUCAUUUCUCUCUGGUAUCGUCUAUGACUGGCAGAAACGGGUAUUUUCAGAUGGUAAAUCCCAGAUGUACAGAGAGGUGAUGCCAGCAGUGUUUCCCCUAGCCUUAGCCAGUGCACUAUCUGUGUUACUGUCUGUACUGGUACUCAUACCUGUUAUAGAGUUACUGUAUGUGAUCUUUAUAGUAAUGACUGUGUAUAGAUCCUUCUUGUACAGUCUAGCUGCAGCAUUCCUUAGUGCCAUGUUUCCGAGUGAAUACUUUGGUAUGUUGUAUGGUAUAAUGAUUGUAAGUGGAGGUUUAUUUGGUUGUCUACAGUAUGCUUUCUUCUCCUGGUCAGAGGCAUAUCCUGAAGGCCCACUGCAUGCUAAUAUUUUACUACUAUGCUUGGUGUUGCUGUCAUUUAUACAUCCACUUUAUUUAUGGAUCACAUGCUGGAAAGAAGAGAAGAAAUUCAAGAUCAACAGCGGAAUGGCAUUAUACAGUAGUGAAAAAGGUUGGGUAAAAUAUUUGAUGACUAUAUGGGCUUUCUUUGAAUGUUUAUUCUUUGCCGGUACACUGUAUGGCUGGAGCUCUCUGGUGUUUGUAUUUAAGGAUGAGGGAAUAUAUUCAAACUUGUGUGAUUUGUCACCCGUGUUUAGAAAUGAUACAACUGGUGAUGUUUAUAAUAUUACGACAGAUGUGCCAAUUUAUAAAGUUAAAGACGCAAGUUUCGAGGAUUUUGCUUCGAAUAAAACAACUGUAGAUAAUAUGACAACUGUAAAUGUUUCUAACAAAACUGCAGAAGUGGUUGACGGACACCAGAACGGACGUAUGCAGUGUAAAGAACAAGACAGCGUAUUAUCCUUAUGCUUCACAAUAUCGUCUGCAAUAUUUUGUAUCAGCUGUGUGGUGAUGGGCCAAGUAAACUAUAAACUUGGCACUAGGAUAACCAGAUACAUCGCUUUUUUCAUAUUCGUUGCUGGAGCACUAUGUUUAGCAUUUGUUUCUAAAGCCGUGCCAUGGUUGAUGUUUCCGGGGCUUUCUAUGAUUGGCAUAGGAGGGUUACCUUUGUUUGUCACUAAUAAUCAGAUAGCUAACCUGUUUACAACUGGCAGUUCAUCGGUUGUGGGGCUAAUGUGUGGAGGAUAUGACAUGUCAGCUGCGGUUUAUCUUAUUAUUAAGCUAGCUCAUGAAAGCGGGUUUUCACGAAGAAACAUGUUUUUCGUUUUACUAGGAGUGCAUUGUCUAACACUUGUGAGUACACAGAAAUUUCUUCCGAAAAGUUUCAUACAUCAAAAGACAACAUUACAGGAUAAAGAGAUAAAGGUCGAUGAUCCACGAUCUAGCACCCGAGAAAAGUUACUUAUACAAGAGAACGUCCAACUUCGUAGACGAAGAGCUUCUCUAGCAGAUGUACAGCCACUAAGCAGCUACCUUCGACAGCCAUUAUUUAUUACACAUAACGUGUGGUUGUGCCUCUUACAACUUAGGUUUUACUAUUUCAUAGGCAACCUGAACCCUUUCCUUAACAGAAUACUCAACAAUGAUACUGCAAAAGUGAGCUAUUUUACUGACGUCUGCUUCUACACUAUGAUGGGCGGUCUACUAUCGUCAUUCCUUGUUGGAAUCGUUUAUGACGGUCAAAAAGCAAUAUUUAAAAAGGGUAGCACAAAGUUAUACCGCUGUUUAAUGCCAGCACUGCUUCCGCUGUCUCUAGCCAGUGUGUUUGCAAUAUUGUUGUCAGUGCUGGUAAUGACGCCUACACAAGUUGUGAUAUAUGUUAUCUUUAUCAUCAUGACCCUCUAUAGAUCAUUCUUAUACAGCAUGGCAGCAGCUUUUAUAAAUGCAAUAUUUCCGAGCCAGUAUUUUGCGGUAUUGUAUGGUAUAACCAUGAUAGCCGCCGGUGUGUUCAGCCUCUUCCAGUACGCUCUCUUCAGUUGGACAGAAGCUUACUUAAAAGCUCCAUUCCAUGUCGACAUAUUUCUACUUUGUGUUAGUGUUUUGACUUUAGGACAUCCGGUGUAUAUGUGGUAUUGUGGUUGGAAAGAAGAGAGGCUAGCACUGACAGAACUGUAGCCGUUUCUAAAGUAAAGUUAUCUCCGCUUAACUAGAGACCUGUGAAUAACGAGAAUUGUACAUACUAAAUAUUAUUACGCUUGUAUUAUCAAUGUAGCUGCCUGCACUAGUAAUAUCAUAUGUGAUGCAAAGAUACAUUGAUAUUAAGACAAAGUCACACGAGAGAGGUGCAUAAAAUCUAGCGAGAUAACUUUUGUUCUUAAAAGACUCUCGAAACAAAAUGGUAUUUAUCUCAGUGUCAAAACUUCUUGAAUACAAGCUGUUGUAGCGUAACAUUUCUAGUGAUAUAAUCAAGUGAACAGGGUUGUAUUAUACAUUUGUUAUUUAACAUUGACAUUUUGGUACUUAUUUGUUCUGUAGAGAUACAGAUAUUGCAAUUGACAUAAGAAGUUUAUAAAAAAAAUACGUAAAUAAAAUGUUUUAUAAAAUAAAUAGUUAAUCAUACCAGUAUUUACAAAACUUUAAACCUUCACAGUGAAGUUUUCAUGAAGCAUCCAACAUCCCGUUUCGGAGUAAUGCUUCUGACACUGUCAUUUUUAACUUGGCAUCCCUUUCUAUACUCACUUCAGAAUCAUUCAUUUUGUUUUGCAGUUUUUGCAACUACAGAAAUUUUUCUUGAAUUAAAAGUACGUUUCUUCUCAGAAAUAACGUCCUGGAUCAUUUCAAUGCGCCUGCAUUCGGCAAAACUUGUUGAGUACCAAAAAAGCAAAAAGUAAUAUUUCUUUCAUUAUCCAUUGCUGCAAUUUAAGUAUUUGUACUUACACCUUUAAUAUAGAAUUUCAAAGCAUAAUGUUAUAUUCUAGUAUAAAAAGUUUUAUUCUUUAAACGUGCUUUGCGCGAUAUUUUUAUCAUAUAAAAACAGACAUUCUAUAUGCGCCGUGUAUUUCCAACUAAAGGCACUAUUUUUCCAAAGUUUGCGAUAAAUGAAACAUCUUUUGUAAAAAACGAUUUUUACUUUCUUAAGGACAGUCCGUUUCAAUUCCAUCUAUUUUCAGAAAAAUAAUUCAAUAUCAAGAAUUUCAGACAUUUUUGUCUCUUUUCUUAGCACGUAUUUUGCCUGGGAUUUUCGUGAGUUUGAAAGUCACCGCAUUCAAAACUUCCGGUGAUUAGUUAUAGGAAUUCGUGUUCUUGGACCAAAACAAUUACUUCAUUUUACCAGUCACUAUUUUGGCUCAAGAUUUUCAGACACGUACAAAUAUGAGAGAGGAACUCCUCUAAAAUGUCUGUUAUAAAGCGAUCGUGAUUUGAAUGCUAAAUAAGGAAAAUGUCAGGAAAAAAUUGCUGAUGUGCAAUAAUUGCUGCUAAAUGAACGUCGAUAGACAUCUAACUGAAUAAGAUGUUUUCUUGCCCUAACCAGUGUCCCUUUAUAUUAGAUUUAUCUGCCUGUCAGACAGAAUUGUUCUAUUGCCUGAAGAUUCAAUUAUGGAAAUAAACAGAUUCUGAAAAGUAUGGGAAGAAACAGAGGAUGGUUUCUGUCAAAAUAAGAUAUUUUUUUAAAAAAAUAGAAACAAAUACAUUUCGUUGCGAUGUUUACGUCGUCUAACCUUAUGUUGGUUAGCUAUAACUUUGUUUUAUGACAAUUUUCGUUUCAUGUAUCUCACUUUUAUAUAUUUUAUUUUGCUAUAGUUGUCAAAAUAUAACUGCUGCAUUUAUCAGGGACUUUUUCAUUUUUUUUAAUGUUGAAAAGUACAAACUUGCGUUCUAGACACCCGGUAACCGGACGUCUAGCCCUUUUCGGCGUCAGAUAAUCAUUCUAUUGUUAGCUGAUGCAUAUUUUGUUUUUGUUAAUUAUUUCAGAGAUCGAAUAUAUGUUUAAAUAGUUCACAAGUCUGCUUUAAAUAAAAAAAAUUCCAGACGCCUAGA